CAAGGGGUUGGGGGGGGGGGGGGGUCCCGAGACGCUGCAUCGCUCGUGAGAUGCUGUGUCGCUCACAAGAGACUCCAUCUCUCCCCGGGGUGACCCGUCACUCGUGAGGCAACGCUCCAUCACCUGCGAGAUGCUCCAUCGCUCGUGAGACAGCGCUUCACCGCUUGUGAGGUGGUGCUCUGCUGCUCGUCGGACAAUGCUCUACCACCUGUGAGAUGCUCCCACCCCUUGCGAGACGACGCUCCAUCACUCGUGAGGGGCUCCAGUGCUCGUCAGACAACGCUCCACCAUCCACGAGACGGUCCGCAGCUUGUGAGACGCUCCUCCGAGGCGUUUCCGCGAUCACCGUGGGGAAGGUCCAUGGUCACCGUGGGGAAGAGACAAGGGGCUGCGUGGCCCUGCCAAGGGGCGACGUGCUCGAGGCGUGGGCGCGGGCAGCCUCCUGGGAUGCACUUUGAGGAGCAGCUGGUGCAGACAGACAGUGCUUCCCAGCCGCGCUGGGGGCUGGCAGGGCCAGCUCUGGGCACUGACAUAUGUUUGGGAUGAUCUGAGUGAUAACAUAAAAGUUUUUCAUCUGGCCGCCUGCAGCUCCCGCUGCACCGCCCCUGCGGCUGCAGGGGGGCGGUGGGAGGGAGGGAUAUGGCCCUCUCGGGUCCCCUGGGUGCCGUGGGAAGCGCUGGCUCCUCGGCUGCGCGGAGAGAGUCGCACACGCCGCCGGCAUCGCCGGCGAGGCACGGCUGUGCUCAGAUGGGGCUCCGGCUCCCGCUGCGCCGGAGCACCAGCUUCACCCCCGACCACUCUGCCCUCGUGGAGAUGCCGGGCCCCACCACCCUGAAGAUGGAAGCAAACGUCCUCGUUAUGGGAGCAGACAACGUGGGGAAAUCGGCUCUGACUGUGCGUUUCCUGACCCGGCGCUUUAUUGGGGAGUACGGAGACAUGGAAUUCAUCUACAGCCACAACCUGACUGUGGAUGGCCGAGAGAUUCUCUUCCACAUCUGGGAUUUCCCCAAUUCCCAGGAGCAGGCAGAUGAGGGCUCCUCAGAGAAGCGAAUCCAGUGGGCAGACAGCUUUGUGCUGGUCUACAGCAUCUGCGACCGUGCCAGCUUCAACAUCCUGCCCCUCAAAAUUCAGUUCAUCAAGGCAGCCAAGGAGGGGCAGAGCCAGGAGAAGGUGCCCAUCGUCAUUGUGGGCAACAAACGGGACCUACACCACCAACGGGAGGUGUCCAGCGAGGAGGGUCGGCUCCUGGCCCUCUCUUUAGACUGUGGUUUCUACGAGGUCUCUGCAGCCGAGGCUUAUCACGGGGCCCUCAUGGUCUUCCAUGGGCUGGCAGAGCGCAUCCCUGACACCAAACUGGCACUGAGAAAGGGUACGGGGAUCCGUGGGAUCGUCAAGACCAUGUCAGCUGUGUUUGCUCGUAAGCGAACGGACUCCCUCUGAGCUACGGCAUGGGUGCUGCUUCUCUCUGUGCUGCCUGGACCAAGCCUCUUCCCUUGGUGCCCAUGGAGAUGGUGUGUGUGUUUCCAUAAGUAUGACGGGUUCCUUGCUGUCCUCUUCAUGAUGGGGUCUGGGUGUCCUGCCAUACCCAGCCAGUGCAGCCGAGGGCUGUAGUGCUUUCCUCUUGGCUCAGUGACGGGGCAGAACCUCUACUCUUUGCUGUACCAGCUUUUUAGGUGCUUUCUGCUUUCUCCUUCCGUACUCCGCCACUGGAAACCACCAGGUGAUUUUGCCACAGCUCUAGGCAGCGUCAUCCCCAGCUCCUUUGGCAAGAGCUGCCUGGGCUGUCGGUGAGCAGGGAGGACAUGCCGCUUCUGUGUGUCCACUGAGCUCCCUGUCCCCCUGCUCUUACCCUGGAUCCUUAUUGCCAUUUAACGCUCAUCAGUGUCCUCUCCAGUAACCCUGGAGCACCCAUGAGCUGGCAGGGUGGGGGUUUCUCCACUGGGGAGCCACUGGCCGUUCCCAUGUGUGCAUCAUUGUGUCAGAGUGUCCAGAGCCUGCGGCACCUGCCAACCCCAGAGGACCUUGGUGAGGGCUGCUGCCUCCCAUCCCGCCCACCUUGCUUUUCAACCAUCUUGCUCAUGGUCCUCUCUCCCACAGCCUUUCAGCGAACGCAGCCGUUUCCCUUGUGCAAGCGCCAUACCGGCUCUGCCUGGGAAAAUGCAGGCUCAUGGCUCAUUCCCAGGAUGGGGAUCACACCGUGCGCCUUCCCAAGCUGCUCCUCUUGCAAGGCUGCCUGUCCCCGGGGAGGAGAGGAGGUGGGGAAAGGGGUUGCUGGCCUCAUUGCUGAACCCUGCUGCUGCUGGGAGGUUUUUCCCUGCCUCUCCCCCAACCCUUCCCUCUGUGUGCCUGGGAAAGCAGUGUGUUGGAAGAGAGUUUGUAUGUGCGGUACAGACACUGAUUUGUCUGCUGUGUUCUUCUGGAAAUGCAAUAAAUCAUCUUUGGCAGGAA